AUGGAUGGAGAUGCUUGGGGCAAGACGUACUGCUGGAGUUUUAGUGCCACCCACUGGAAUUCCAGGGGCUUUCAGAAGGCAGCUCGACAGUCGACGAAUGCGUUGGCUUGGCACGAAAUCCCGGAAGAUGCCGCCAAAAUUUCCAGCGUUCAGUUGACAACCUCGAUUGUGCAGGCAGCGACUCUUGUCACCCACCAAGAAAGCCAGACCCGCGACAUUCCACACCACGGCAACGGCAGCCCGACGUCGCCCACCACCAAGAUGCUGUACGAGAUGAUUGGCAUUGUCCGCCCGGGCAACCUCAAAGAGGUGAAGGAAAUCGUCCUCACCGCCGGCCAACUGAUCCUGCGCCAGGGCGGCGUCAUCCGCGACGUCGCCAACUGGGGCGUCUUCCACCUGCCGCGCGCCGUCUCGCUCAACCAGACCCGCCACGUGCGCGGGCACUACUUUGUGCUGCGCUACGACGCGGGCGUCGCCACACACCAGGACGUCGCCCGCACCCUGCGCGUCGACCCGCGCGUUAUCCGGUCUGGGGGGGUCAAGUUGGGGGAUGGGAAGCUGGAGACGCUGAGCCGGUUCGGGGCGGUGCAGUGGAAGAAUUUGGAGUGA